GCGACCGGAAGUCACCGCCUGUUUUUUUUUUGUCAUCUCUACAAACUAACUGGGUAGUGUCGAAUAAUUCAAAUUUAAAGCCACCAGAGACUUUGUGGACCUCCGGACUAAGGUGUUUCAUGUGGACGACUAGUUAGCACUUCAGAGGCGGAUUUAGGAGCAGUAAAAGCAUCGCGGAGGGGCUACAUUAGAGAGGCCUGCUUCGAAACAACAGUCUGUGUUCGACCCUGAAUGAUGGGGGUCUUCAACUUAAUGUGCGCCUUGCUGCUGUGGACCACCAUGGCCGACGGGAAGCCCACGACGAGGAAAGAGCGAGUCAUUCAUGAAACGGAUCUGAACAAGAGAACGCAGGAGGACAACAACAGCUUCCAGUACGACCACGAAGCCUUCCUGGGCAAAGAGGAGGCCAGGACAUUCGACCAGCUCACCCCGGAGGAGAGCAAGGACAGGCUCGGUAAAAUAGUAGAGCGGAUCGACAGCGACUCCGAUGGCCUCAUCACCACCGCCGAGCUCAAAGCAUGGAUAAAACGCGUCCAGAAGCGUUACGUGUAUGAGAACGUGGCAAAGGUUUGGACAGAUUAUGACCUCAACAAGGAUAACAAGAUCUCCUGGGAAGAAUACAAGCAAGCCACCUACGGUUACUACCUUGCUAAUCCAGACGAGUUUGAUGAUACGACCGACCAGUUCAGCUUCAAGAAGAUGCUUCCGCGUGACGAGAGGAGGUUCAAGACAGCUGAUCUGAAUGGUGACUUGGCAGCCGACAGAGAAGAGUUCACAGCCUUCCUGCAUCCUGAGGAGUUUGACCACAUGAAGGACAUUGUUGUGCAGGAAACCCUGGAGGACAUUGACACGAACGACGACGGGCACGUGGAUGAGGACGAGUAUAUCGCUGACAUGUUGGCGCACGAGGACGGCGGUCCAGAACCGGACUGGGUCAGAACUGAGAGGGAUCAGUUCUCAGACUUUAGAGACUUGAACAAAGACGGUAAAAUGGACCGGGACGAAAUCCGCCACUGGAUUAUGCCGCAAAACUAUGACCAUGCCCAGGCUGAGGCUCGACACCUGGUCUACGAGUCCGACCAGGACAAGGACCAGAUGUUGACCAAAGAGGAGAUCCUGGAGAACUGGAACAUGUUUGUAGGAAGUCAGGCCACCAACUAUGGAGAGGACCUCACUCGUAACCAUGAUGAGCUCUGAGCUCCCACUUCAGCCUCCAGUGUGUGUGUGUGUGUGUGUGUGUGUGUGUGUGUGUGUGUGUGUGCGCGCGCGCUCAUGUGUGAGGUUCUAUUGAGUAGUUGAAUGACAGAAUCUCAGACUCUCGUUUGAAGGACCAUCAGUGCUGAUAAGAAAUGAAUUUGGGGAGCUGUUGAGUCGGUCCUAGCACUAACGAUAUACAGUACUGUAAGGUCUUGGCGUGUCAGUGGAUUGCUCUGUUUCUGACAUUCAGAAGCAGAAAGAAGACGUUUCAUUCUCGCGACGGUGCCUUCCCUUCUAGCCGCUGUGUCGGCUUUGCUGCCUCACACCUGUUUUUAUGCUAACUUUUUGAUAACAACUUUAAUGUGAAGCUGCAGCUCCAAGAAGUGGUUUUAUUUAUUUUUAAGAUUCUAUCUCUGGUCAGAGCAGCAAUCAAGUGUUGCUGUAAAGUGUGUGGGAAAAGUUAUUAAUGUGAUAUUCUGUGCACGUACAGUAGUAUCUCCUUUUAGCUUAGCCUUACGUAACUUUGUUUCAAGUCUAUUUAUUUUUCACUUGUGUCAAAAUAAACAUAAAAUGCUCUGUUUUAACAUUGUUAGUGUUGCGCUAAACAAGGUAACUACAAUAUUAGAAACUGCUCUCAGUAUGAUGCAGUAAGUUAUGAGCGUGUGUCUCUUGGCAUCCUCCGUGGCAAUUUCUUGACUUUGACUUUUGAACUCCUUUAACAUCAAGAACAAAUGGAUGUCGUUGUCAGCGCUCAGCACCAAUUGUCGUCUACACGCUCGUUCCCAUCACGAUGCAGAGCGGAGCUGACUGGCGCUUGCUGCUGGCUGUUGCGGUUCAGAACUGUGCGAUGUAACUGAGAAAGCGUCUCCGCCACCCAGCGUGUUCCCUCUGCCUGCUCAUGUGGAACAUAUGGAUAUAUGUGUGCCACUUAACAAGACAAGUCAAGCGGGACCAAUGCGAUAAAGCUCAUUAGGAACAGGGGGACAGGACGAUGCAUGUGUUGUUCCGCUGCAAUGUAGGAGGAAUGUGCCAACACACCAUGAGCAAUGUCUGCAAUGCUUGUUUUUUCCUUUGGACUCCGUGGAAUUAAUAUGACAUUUUCCAGGACUGACUGUGUAAAUAAAUAUCACUGAUUUACACAAAUGCAAAAUAUCCAAAUACUGACUUUCCUCCUUUUACAUGUUUACACGAAUGCUUUCAGGGGAAUUUUAGUCCCAUUUAAAUGAAACCUUUUGCUUUGUUAUAUGGCAAGAAUCUUUAUGCAUUCAUUCAUAGAAAAUUGCAACUAAUACUGUUUUUGUAGUUUAAGAAGUAAGAGGAUUUUUUUUUUUUUUUUUUUUUUACUUGACCUUGAAAGCAUCCCGCCUGCCCGAGCCUUGUAAGACAUGUUUAUGUACGGAGUAGAAAAUGGAUGGAUGUUGCAGUGUUUUGGAGCUUUUGCUCCAGAGUGCUGUACAUGUCAGCUUUACAGGUGCCACCUCUCCGUCUACGACGACACACUCAUGCGACAGAGAAACAGCUCAUGGUCUGUCUGCAAUAUGGAGCUAACAUCUCAUCAUUUAAAUACAGUAAUAUAUAUUUUAUAACAUUUAUAGAGCUCCAUUUAUUAUGGAUAUAUAUACACAAUAUAUAACAUAUAUAUAUACUGUAUAAUUGCAAUAACUGCAUGGAAGAUGUAUUUUUCUUCCUACAAAAGUUUUAUAUUCGGGGUCUACAGGUUUUUAUACAAAUUGGCAGGUAUAACAAAGUCUCCUCAAAUGUCAGAGCUUUUCUUCCUGCCACACACACACCAGUGACCUGGAGAGAUGCAGCCGUGACAGAGUUCCGCUUAUGAUGCUAAUUCUAGAAACAAGCCUACUAACUGGCUUUUUUUUUUUAUUUACUUGACCCCAAAAGCGUCCCCCCCCGCCCAAGAUUUCAAUUUCUAAUGGUACAGUCUUAUCAUUGUACCUCAUCUUCCAGGUAUGGUAUGUGUUACUGAGUGAGUGUUGUUUACGUUGACUCACUGUGAUUGUUUGUGGCUUCACAGUAAAAGCCAUUCACUGCCAGCAUUCUGACUGCAGAAACUGACAGCUGCAGCACUUUCUUCCACUAUUGGUAACAGUUCAACCUUGGUGGUGGAGGUCUGUUCUCUAGUCUAUCCUAGUUUACACACACACACACACACAGUGACCUAGUCCGCUGCCUCUAAAUCUGAGGAGCGUCCUUACUUACAUCUGAAUAACAAGUCAACCCAAAGCACUAAUAGACUUCCCCAGACUAGCAUAUGAGGCUUGUCAUGCGUCAGGGUGCAUCUGUGUGUGUGAUUGUGUUGUCUACGUGAAGGUGGGUGAGUGUGUGAUAAUUAAAGUGUGUCCAUGCACACUGCCCUGCCUCAUGGCCAUGUUUGUUUAACAGCCCUCCUUUGCAUGAUGCCCUCCCCAAUCAUUCACUGCGUGUGUGUGUGCGUGUGAGGUGAUGUCUUCAGACGUCUCAUAUGAGCGUCUGCCUUCAUCAAGUCCUCUAUGCUGAUAAUGAUGAGCCCUCCGGGUGGGAAUGGACUCAUCUGCUAUCUUUUCAAGUAGUGUUUCUUUUAUUUACUGUGAUACUGUACAGCUAU